AGCAGACGAUCCUCCAUCACCAGAAAAAGUCAAACCUGGUUCAUUCCGCUACCGUAGUAGGCGAGUCGCCGCGGAUCUGGAACUCUACGUGAAGAGAACAAAGAAAGUGCUACGAAGAGAGUGGUCUAAAGAAGUAGAGCCUAGGCAACGAGAACAAGAAAACGUCAGCUGCAAUAUAAACGAAUUAUACGAGGACACGACACCUGAAUACGACACUCCUCAACGCCAACGACGAUCUCAAGUUUUCUUGUUUGCCCCUCCUGACGCUGACAGACAGGGACAUCAUGGGCAGGACCCUUCCGAUCAUGUAGACCAUGGAGAUGCACCGGAACGUACUGGAAGUGCCUCCAGCACUUCCGCUCAAAUCGGCGAAAGCAGAAAUCAAGUCCAUGAUCAAGAACGUGUAGCGCUCAAUGAAGAUGAGCAUACCAGACUCCUUCGAGUACAUGGACUUGGACAUAGACAACAUGGUCGUGGAGCUGCUAGUGCUAGCCGUGAUGAAGAUGUUCUUCUUGUUGGUCGUGUUGAGGGUGCUGAAGUUAGAAGAAGAAUACCUGGAGGAGUGCGGUUAUUUGAUCAGCCAGCGGCUGGCACAACUGAACAAGACCCGCAUGUUGCUACCGCAACUAGUCCAACGGCGCGUCUCCCUUUCCCGCAUAAUGACCAGCGCAACAUUAAGAGUAGGCUAGAGGUGCUUCUGUUGCCGUUUGUUUUGCCUCUCUCCCUUAAUUAUAGGCAGAGAAAGGCAGAACAAUAACGAGAAACAGAAAUACCAAAACUCUACCUCUAACAACAACAACAUCAUCGUUCGUCCAUUUCUCCCUACCAGCAAAGAACGCGCUGAGAGCACUGAGACUCUCUCCCAGGCUAUCUCCUUCUGCGAAGGUCUGCUUGAAGGGGAGAUGCUGACGAUGUUUUACCUCUUCAAAGACUCCUUUCACAUGAAUCCGGCUCCGAUAGGGCUCAUACUUGGCGCUACGCACAUUCCCUUCCUGUUCAAGCCGUGGAUUGCUCAUUGGGUGGACGAUGGAGGAAGUAAAGGAUAUCGAUCUAUCUCCGGACUUUUUGUUAUGGCUGCUGAUUAUCCGAGUAGAUAAUAUUACAGAUACCUCCCUUACACUCUUAGUCUCAGCACUCUACUUUCAGUAUUUUUAAGAUAUAUCAGUUUAUCCCUAUCAAUGAAUGAAUGUGGAUCCGUCAGACUCGUCAGAGAGAUUUUUUAGUUGGAACAAGUACAUGUACAACUAUUAUUUUUAUUAAGGACCGUUAGCUGCUGCUAGCAGUAGCUCUAAUGUCAGACCAGCAGCUGAAGACGACUCUGAAAGCGAGAGUGGUUUUGGCAUGGAAGAAUUGCAAAUGCACAAGGAACGAAAGGAUUUGCAGAGGAGGAAAAGAAUUUUGUUGAUCUCAAGUUUUGCGAGUGUCGCCGCACAUCUUUUCGUCUCUGGAAAAUACCAGGCACUGACUUUUACCUGCUUCCUAGCAAUGCGAGUCAGCAGUUGCUUGACGCAGUCCGUUGCACAGGCGUUAGUGGUUACGGGGUCACGAGAGAGGGAACAAACACAGGAUGCUGCGAAUGUUCAAGCUCAAGAACUGGCUGUACGCUCGUUAGGUUCAACUGGAACACGGGGAAUGGAGAGAACUACAGGCAGUUCUUCGUCGUCCACGAAUCUGCAAAACGAAGACAACGUUGAGGUUGCUGCCACGGCGGUCGCUGGUUUCUUCUACACAAGGGCUGCGGGUGCCCUCGUCGCCGCAUAUGGAAGCGGAACAUUGCUGACUUACGGCGUCAGACCGGAAGCUCUCUUUCGCGCCAUGAGCCUGUUUCCAGCAGCCAUUGCGGCUGUCACCAUCGCCUAUCAACAGCGAGUGUUUGAGCCCGUUGGGGAUGCAGCAGCAGUAUUGCGAAGGAGAUCGCAAUUUGUGAACUCCAAUGUUCAAGUGGGCGAACGUAGAGGUGGAGGUCAAGAAGUAGAUGGCAGAGGCGAUCCUGAGAAUGUUGCACACCAGUCUACUUCUAUGACAACUAGAGGUGGACAAAGUCAACAAACUCUGCCUACGCCACACAACAAUGUCCAGCUGAAUCGAGCCUCUUCGGCAAGUGCGGUUUUUACAAGGGAGUAUUCUUACCAAGUCUCCGAAAUAGACCAUCACGAAGAUCAUGGAAAGGGGUUGAGCAUUUCGGACUUAGCUAAAAGAAUGUACGAGGACGAGCGAGUUUUUGUACCCGCAACAUUUGUGAUGCUGUACAUGAUUUUAAGGGUAGGCUAAAGGAGUUCACGUUACCGCUUGUUUUGCCGCUCUUAAGGGAGAGAGGCAGAACAAACGGGGCACGCGAACACCAAAAACCUACCUCUAAUGAUUGGCCCCAACUACGACGACGCUUUGAACUUCUUCUUCAUCAACC